UCACUUUGGUGGGCAGUUCUCCGUCUCGGUUUUCACUCUUGAUUAUAAAGGAGGAGUUUGCAGCAUAGAGGCGCUUACACCCCAACUGGCCUGAAUAAACUCUUUAAGUCCUCUGGCAGAGAGUGUGUGUGAUCCGGGACAGUAGACUGGCCUCACAGACGGUUUGAUUUGGGCAAAAGGACGAGCUGAUUAAAAAAAAAAAAAUCUGGCACCAUGGCUGUGGCUGGCUGCACGAAAUGCAUAAAAUAUAUGUUAUUUUUCUUUAAUUUUAUUUUCUGGCUGGCCGGAGGCGUGAUCUUAGGAGUGGCCCUGUAUCUCCGCCAUGACAGUCAAACCAGCAACCUCCUCAUACUUCAGUUUGAAGGCCACCAGGCACCGGGCACCUUCUAUAUCAGUGUGUACAUACUGAUAGCAGUCGGGGCUGUGAUGAUGCUCGUGGGCUUCCUUGGAUGUUACGGUGCCAUUCAGGAAUCUCAGUGCCUGCUGGGAACAUUCUUCUUCUUUUUGGUGAUCCUCUUCGCUUGUGAGGUGGCUGCAGCAAUCUGGGGCUUCAUGAACAGGGACACAAUCUCCAAAGAACUGAUCAACUUCUACGACUCUGCGUACAUCAAGGCUGUGGACGUCUCAGGGUCUCCCAGUAAAGACUCUGCCAUCAAAGUGCUGGAUGUUUUCCACACCACGCUUGACUGCUGUGGUAAAGGAGAUGACACCCCUCUCUUCACGCAAGUCGCCGGCACUUUGUGUCCCAGACAAAAUCUAGCAGAGCUUGGAAGAUCUCUGAGCUGUCACGAUAAACUGAUCGAGCUGUUCUCCGAGAAGCUCUACCUGAUUGGUCUGGCUGCUUUGGUGGUUGCCGUCAUCAUGAUCUUCGAGAUGAUCUUCACCAUGGUGCUCUGUUGUGGGAUCCGUAACAGCCCUGGGGUAUACUAGGAGCCGCAUCAAUCCACCAGCCUGUGAUGGAGUUAUUUUAUUAUGUGUUUCUAUGCAUCAGCUCCACUUCUUUAUGAUUAUAACAGAACAAGAUGGAUAUCUCUCUUUUUAUUUUAGACUAGAAAACACAGCUUGUUUUUAAUAUUGCUAAUAACACUCUAUAUUUCUUAAACAAUAAUUUAGCUUCUACAAGUCGGAUGCUCUUUAUUUAUCAUACAACACUUACAACACAUAUGAAUAUUUUAUACAUACAGUGUUGUGAAAUAUUUCUCUGAAGUCAUUGAACGUAAUGCUGUUUUUAUGGAUGUAUAAAUUGUGUAUAUACUUGUCAUAUGUUUAAUAACAUUUAGGAGAGUCCAUGUAUUCCCCGUUGAUUGUUCGUGAUGCAUCUCGCUGCAGUGUUACAGUGUUAUAUUAUAAUUUAAGCAGCAGGGUUUCAUAGGUCUUAAGUAAUGUACUGUCUUACUCUAAUGAUUAUCAGGAUGACGAGUUAGCCUGUGUGUUUUUUAGUCGACUGUGUCUCUUCUUUGUGCCUAAUGAACCACCUUCAUGCUGUCUUUCCUUUAUUAACUUGUGAAACACCCAUCUUUAAGUAAUGAUAAAACAAAUAUCUUACUAAGCCUGUAUUAAUAUGCUAAUAAACGAUGUCCCCAUUCUUUUUUUGGUGGAGCAUACACUA